CAGAACUAGMGACACAAACAUCGAACAUGACAGACAAAGUGCUACCUUGGAGAGACACAAAUAGAUCUCCUCUAUCGGGAACCGAAUUGCGAAACCUCGUGGUCAGAGCCGCUCUUCUGGAAGAAAUCGAAGACAACGAAGACGACGAUUCUUCUUCGUUUCUARACAUUCCAGGGGUUGCGUGGCUAGAGCACAUCAACCUGAUUGUUGGUAAAGUCGCGGAAGAUCGCUCUGUUGCAGAGUCUUUUUACUUGGAUGUCAUGGGAAUGACGGCAGACAAGAGCAAAUCCUUUCACGUGAAUCUUGGACGGCAGCAGUUCCAUUUAGCGACGCCCAAGCGAGACGAUGAGGUGGCACACCGUAUCCAUGGAAGCAUCGGAUUGGCGGUUCCCGAUCUGGAGGCACUACUUGAUCGACUUCGAGAUGCAAGAAAARAUGCUGAGGGAAACAACGACUACGGCUUUCGUGAGACACUUUUUGACUUUUACGAAGAACACGACGAGAACGACGACGAGGACGACAAAAUUGUCCACGUCCGAUGCCCCUGGGGAAAUGUAUUUCGUUGCUAUUCAGUAAAAUCCCGUGGUACACCACCUACGCCCUUUGCGAAACCAGAAGAGUCCCCACAAAAAAUGACCAACCUGCAUGCACCACAACUCGGCAUCCACGGGGCCGACAAAAUGGGCGUCCUGGGAGUUGGACUGCCAGGAAUACGUUUUGUGGAAUUGAUUCUUCCCAAAGGUGUAUCGUCGCAUCAAUUGUAUGGCUUUUACAAACGUAUGCUUAGGUGUCCAGCACAGGUUCUACAAACGUCGUGCGAUGGAAAAAAAAGAGAUUGCUGCGUCGUUUCCGUCGGAGCUGGCGUUCAUCUGGUGUUUGUAGAAGGCAGCAUUGGUUCCGAGAACGAAGAAGAGGCAAUUGCACAACGCCUAAUGAAGGGGGUUCACAUUUGCAUUUAUGCCCACGAUUUUUACGGGUUGUAUAAGCGCCUUUCCGACAAGUCCCUAAUCUGGUCGAAUCCCAGGUUUUUCCAUCUUGAUACUUGCGAUACGUGGGAAGAAGCGAAGAAUUCACGAACCCUUCGAUUUCGACACAUUGUCGACGUCGAAAGGGAGGAAACAAGCAAUAAUAAUGGCGAGAACAACGGCAACAGCAAUAUUCUAAUKGAACUCGAACAUGAGACUCGACCGCUACGGCAUGGRCAAUUUAUGAAGGUUCCACACUACGUUCCAAAGUAACCAAAGCCAAGGAUGAAUAACCAAUACUAUGACUAUAAAUACAACUUCUCAAGAGCUAGGAAAUGAUUAAUUAUUAUGAAACCUACUUAUUCASUAUGCUUUUUUCGUACUUCAUGCCACAAAUAUUCGUGUCCUACGAUAAAGAGAAGCUGUGAGC